AUGGACUACGGGUUCGUCCAGCCCUUCCAGCUGCAGGCAGACCCAAAGCAGCAGGACCAGUGGACGACAUUUGUCGAGUAUCUUGCCUUCGAAUGCUUCUUCCUCGACGAGCUCACUCCAUUUGUCCGGAAACUACGACCACAGCAUGACGCCGAGUGGGAGAAACUCGUCAAGGCAGGGGUGGUGGGGCCUCUCGAUACGUGCGAUGAUCUGGCAAGUACGGAGGCCAAGGCCAUGCGACUCCGCGAGUUCCACGAGGCCGCAUUUGCAGCACGA